AUGGAUGAAACACCAACUAGUUCUGGGCGAUCUGAAGCUACUUCAUGUGAACCUAGUUGGUGGCCGCCAGACUUUUUGGAGAAGAUAGAAUCUGUCGCCUUAGCAAGAGAACAAGAAGUUUUGGCUGAAAAAGAAUCGCGAUCCAGUCUGUCAAAUUCAAGGUCCUCAUCCUGGAAGGCUUCUCAGUUACUGUGGUCAACUGGAACUUAUUCAGGGUUCAUUCCAAACGGUUUCUAUUCGAUCAUCCCGGAUAAAAAGCUGAAGGAGAGUUUCCCAACAAUACCAUCACUAACUGACCUUCAAAGUCUUGAAGCAGAUGGGCUUAAGCCUGAAAUAAUUGUUGUAGAUGCUGAAAAGGAUAAGAAGAUUUUCAUGUUGAAGCAGCUUAGUGGCGCACUUGUGAAAGGAUUGAACAAUCCAGCUCUAGUGAUAAAGAAGAUAGCAGGUUUGGUUUUUGACUGCUUCAAGGGCCAAAGCUCUGAUGCAAGUCCAGGAAGAGCUUCAACCGAAGAUACUCACUUCUUUGGAAAUAGAGGACCCCAACUUCUUGGGCAGAUAAGGCAUGGGUCAUGCCGACCCCGAGCUAUCCUAUUUAAAGUUCUUGCAGAUGCUGUUGGCCUUGAGAGUAAACUUGUUGUGGGUCUACCUGAUGACGGUGCAGUUGGAUUUGUGGACUCCUACAAACAUAUGUCUGUGGUAGUUCCGCUGAAUUCUAUGGAGCUACUAGUUGACCUUAUGCGAUUUCCCGGCCAGUUGAUUCCUUUUUCAGCCAAGGCCAUCUUUAUAUCACAUAUCUCUGCUGCGGGUGAGAGUGAUUCAGCUGAAAAUGACUCGUGUGAUUCUCCCCUGGAGCCCAACAGUCCUCUAUAUGGAUUAUCUGAUAAAGUUGAAGCUGAAGGAAUCGAAGCUUCAUCAAAUCUAUCUGGGCGUUCAUUGCGUAAUACAAUGUUGAGAUCGAGAACAUUCUCAGAGGGGAAAUUAAGCACAUCAUGUAGUGAGCCAAACAUCGCAAAUGCCUUCUGGAGGCGAAGCCAGAGGAGAGGAGUUGCUGAAGAACCUCGUGGUGCUAGCUCAAGUCCUGAGCAUCCGUUAAUGAGGGCCAAGGGAAGAUCUAUACUUGGUGGUGACCGGCAAUCAUUUCAAGAAUACACCGAUAGAGUUACUUUAAGAUCAGAUGAUCAGGGUGUCACUACUACACCGAACCCUCGAAGAAUAAGACGAAGAAGCAUUAGCAUCACACCUGAGAUUGGAGAUGACAUUGUGAGGGCAGUUCGGGCUAUGAAUGAAACACUAAAGCAGAAUCGCCUCCAAAGGGAUCAUGUUAAUGAUGGUUCAUGUUCAUAUAUUGGGGCGGACGAAAGCAAUGCAAAUGACUGCCCAAAUAAUGAUGAUAAAUCUGGGACGAACAAUGGCUUGAGAAACCGAGCUGGUUCUACUCAGAAGGCUAUGUCAUUGCCUACUUCUCCUCAUGACUAUGGGGGCGAAAUUUCUGAAACAAGCAAUAAUUGUGAUUUUAUAAGCGAAGAGAAGAUGGUAUUUGCAUGGAACAGGGUUUUGCAAAGCUCUCCUUUUAAUAAGCCUCUAUCGCCUUUCCAAGAGUGGAACAUAGAUUUCUCUGAGCUUACAAUUGGUACACGGGUUGGAAUAGGAUUCUUUGGAGAGGUUUUCCGUGGUAUAUGGAAUGGCACUGAUGUCGCCAUCAAAGUAUUUCUGGAGCAGGAUCUGACGACUGAAAACAUGGAAGAUUUUUGCAAUGAGAUAUACAUCCUGAGCCGGCUGCGGCAUCCAAAUGUAAUAUUGUUCCUUGGGGCAUGCAUGGUACCUCCGCACCUGUCAAUGGUUACUGAAUAUAUGGAAAUGGGAUCACUGUACUAUCUCAUCCAUAUGAGUGGUCACAAAAAGAAACUCAGCUGGCGCAGGAGGCUGAAAAUUAUUCGUGAUAUAUGCAGGGGAUUGAUGUGCAUACACCGCAUGAAGAUAGUUCACAGGGACCUGAAAAGUGCCAACUGUCUGGUGAACAAGUAUUGGACUGUCAAGAUAUGUGACUUUGGCCUUUCUCGAGCGAUAACAGAUAGUCCUAUGACUGAUAACUCCUCUGCUGGCACACCAGAAUGGAUGGCCCCUGAGCUCAUAAGGAACGAACCCUUCUCAGAAAAAUGUGACAUUUUCAGCCUUGGUGUGAUAAUGUGGGAGCUGUGCACAUUGAGCCGCCCAUGGGAUGGGAUCGGCCCAGUUAAAGUGGUGUAUGCAGUUACUGAAGGGUCGCUGCUUGAAAUUCCAAAAGGGCCUCUUGGCAAGUUAAUUGCAGAUUGCUGGGCAGAGCCCCAGGAUCGGCCGAGCUGCCAGGAGAUCCUCGCUCGCUUGCUGGACUGCGAGUACGCUGAUAGCUGA